AUGCCAUGGCACCAAUUGCGGGAAUGGGACGGUCGCUGCGGAGUGACUCAUAGGAGUGCUCAUCAGGGCAGGCCAUACUACACCAAACGAGGUGUGCAGAGUGUAGUGUGCGGUGUGGGAAAAGGAGUGUAUGAGAGAGAAGGAAGAGUGAUAGAGAAGCGCGCUACGGAAAGCCUCAUGUGGUCGGUCCCAACAUUCACGAGUCCUUGCUGCACUGCUGUCCAACAGCCCAAGGCUGCCGGUCUCCUUGCUGCACCUAUCAAACUUCCUCGAAGCCCUUCUAAAGGUCACCCAAGUGAGGGCCUUGGUGCUGAUUGGGUGUCAAUGAACACGUCGCACCGCGAACUUGACAGAAUCCCCUCCUCCUCCUCCGGCGCACCAGCCCGUAUGGCCAGUCAAGUUGAUGGUCGGACGGCCAGGGCCGCUGAGAGGGGACGCUACUGCACUACGAAGGGCCGCAUCCGCAUCCCUAAUCCUGCGGCCGGCAGGGGUCCACCGCAUUUUGCAUUGUCUUCCCGGCUGCUUCAUUCAUUCCCGUCAUCUUCGACUCUCCGUCUCUCCGGUCACUGGCGUCUCUGGGUGUUGCUCCCCUAA